AUGAGGUGGCUCCUAGGCAGCAACUGGAGGAAAUUGGGACACGCUGACAGGGGGAACUACGACUGGCUAAACAAUGAGCCAAGUGGGCCACUGCUGGAAACAGAGCUCCAGAGCAGACAACAGAUAAGUUCAACCAAAGAAGACAUAGAGCCAUUUCUGUGCAUCGUAUUGCCUGCCACCAUGAUGCUCUUCCUGGCAUUCCUGCUGCUCUUCCUUUACCGCCGCUGCCAGCACCCCACCCCGCAGGGGCAGAUCUUCAGCAUCGACCUCCCCGAGGCCCUGCCUGAGCACGAGGUGCCCAAUUUCCUUUCCGUGCUGCCCUGGACCAGUGAACAGAGUUUCCACUACUCCACUCUGCUCCCUGAUGCCACAUUCCUCUCUGUGUGUUUGCCUCCAUCCUACGAGGAGGCCACCAUGAAGACUACCCUGGGCAAUGCUCGCAUUGAGCUCUCUCCAGAUCCAGUGCCUCCUUAUGAAGAGAGCAUGGCACAUCCAGCAGCACCAAAUAAACUUCCUACAGAAGCACCUUAG